ACUGAGCAUGCGCAGAUUGUGAGGGGUGUGGCCGUUUAUUACCGAUUGAGAGGAGAGCGGACCACAUGGACCGUGAGGGACAGGAGCUGUUCAAAGCAGCGUUAGGUAUCGUCCACGAGUUUUUGGCGACCUCCCAGGACCGACAGAACAAGGUUGUUGACUUCAAACAGCCAGCUGAGCUGCUGGCGUUGAUGGACCUGUCCCUGAGACAAGAGGGAGCCACCAACGCAGAGGUGCUGGAGCUGUGCACGAAGGCGCUGCACUACUCUGUGCACACAGCUCACCCCAGAAUGUUCAAUACACUAUUCUCUGGCAUUGAUAUGGUGGGUCUCAGUGGAACCCUUAUGACCUCUGCAGCCAAUACUAGUGUUUACACGUACGAGAUGGCUCCAGUCUUCAACCUCAUGGAAAAGGAGGUGCUCCAGACAAUGAGAGAACUGAUUGGCUGGAGCGCUGGAAGUGGUAUCUUCUCUCCUGGGGGCUCAGUCAGCAACAUGUAUGGCUUGAUGGCUGCUCGCUACCGUCGGUUCCCCGAUAGCAAGACCAAAGGCUGUGCUCAUCUUCCCCAGCUGAAGAUCUUUACCUCCUGCCAGGCGCACUACUCAGUGGACAAGGUGGCAAUAUUGAUGGGUCUGGGUACUGACAAUGUGGUGAAGGUCAAGUGUGACCACAUGUAUUGGGCACAGCAGGUACGACUGUGCUGGCAGCAUUUGAUCCCUCUUGACAAGAUGGCUGAUAUCUGUCAGGCCCACAACGUCUGGCUUCAUGUCGAUGGCAGCUACGGAGGCUCUUGCCUGAUGUCCAAAACCCACAGACAUCUCUGCAAGGGAAUAGAGAAAGCUGACUCCGUGGCUUGGAACCCCCACAAGGGACUUCACGUCCCUUUCCAGUGCUCGGCAUUUCUCACUCGUCAUGAGGAUAUCCUCAGAUCAAUGCUGUCUCUUCGUGCCUCUUACCUCUUCCAGAAAGACAAGCUCUUGUACGACGUUUCCCUGGACACAGGGGACAUGAGUCUGCAGUGUGGCAGAGUUAACGAUGCCUUCAAGAUAUGGCUAAUGUGGAAGAAGAAUGGACUGGCCUGGGCUGGGAGGGAGAUUGAUCGCCAGCUAGGACUGGCCAACUACCUGAGAGAUAGAAUUCGGGAACGUGACGGCUUUGAGCUGGUAGUCCAGGACCAGCAGUACACAAAUGUGUGUUUCUGGUACACCCCACCAUGUCUGAGAGGAGUGGCAGAGAGUGACGACAGGAAACAAAGACUUAACAAAGUGGCUCCCAAACUGAAGGCAGGCAUGGUACUGGCAGGCUCCAUGAUGAUAUGUUACCAACCUCUUGGAGACCUGCCCAACUUCAUGAGGAUGGUUACUGUAUCAACCUCUGCCACUGAAGAUGACAUGGAGUUUAUUCUGAAUGAACUGGAGAGGAUUGGUGCCUGCAUUCAGGUCUAG